UUGUACUUCCGCAUUGAUGGUUCGCUUCAGUAAAAGGCGGGUAAAUGUGAUGAGCUAUUUAGCUAGCGAGAGCUUGUCCUCCGUCUUUGCCAGCCGCAGGACAUCGAAGUUGACAGUGGACAGUAAUGGCGUGUAAAAGAGGAGCGCUCAUUGUGCUGGAGGGAGUGGACAAGGCCGGGAAAACGACGCAGUGCAAGAAACUGGUUCAGUCGCUGCAGCAGAGCAGCAGGCCGGUAGAGAUGAUGAGAUUCCCCGACAGGACUACGACAAUUGGAAAGCUGAUAAGCGCCUACCUGGAGAACAAGAGUGACUUGGAGGACCACACGGUGCACCUGCUGUUCUCCGCUAACCGCUGGGAACUGGUGCCUUUAAUGAAGAAGAAGCUGGAGCAAGGCACCACUCUGGUAGUCGAUAGGUACGCCUUCUCUGGAGCUGCUUUCACCAGUGCCAAGCCGGGUUUCUGCCUGGACUGGUGCAAGAACCCUGACGUGGGACUGCCAAAGCCGGACCUUGUCAUGUUUUUACAGCUCAGUCCAGCUGAGGCUGCUCUCAGAGGUCAGUUUGGAGAAGAGAGAUAUGAGACCAGUGUUUUCCAAAGAGCGGUUCAACAGCAGUUUGAACAGCUGAUGAAGGAUCCUUCAGUCAACUGGCAGGUAAUUGAUGCUUCUCAAACUGUUGAGGAUGUGCACAGGGACAUCACCACCCACAGCCUUAAUGCAAUCAACACAGCUCAGAACAUGCCACUCGGAGAGCUGUGGAAGUGACCCAGUGAGACCAAGACUUUGUUGCUAAAAUGACUAAAUGACUCUUCUGCACACAACACUUUUCUUUACACCCCCCGACAUUUGUUCUAGUCAUUGCUUGAUUGAAUGCAGAAGAUAAAUCCCUUGGCUGUGUGAUCCAAAUGUGAUUUCAUACUAUCUUGAAAUUAAGUAGAACCAUUGUCAAAUAUCAGAUUCUGAUUUUAUUUAAGGUUUUAGUCCUUUUACAUGUCUAUUGUCCUUUCAGCUUUCUAUAUACUGUGUCGAUUAAAUAAAUAAUCUUCAAAGGAA